AUGAUGCUGCUGCAGAUACGCGAGUGUGUCUUCUCCGCUACUGAGAGCGGCCAAGAGUUUGCUGCCUUGCAUGGGCGAGUGCAGUGGUUUUUGCAUUGGUUUAUUGAGUCUGCUUCGUCUAUACACCCCGACCCCCAAUGGGCUGUGUUGCUGCCGUUUGUGCUGCGCGUGGAGAAGCAGCAGCAGCAGCAGCAGCAGCAGCAGCAGCAGCAGCAGAAGCAGAAGCAGCAGCAGAAGCAACAGCAAAAGCAGCAGCAGCAGCAGCAGCAGCAGCAAGAGCAGGAACAACUAACAGAACUCAGCCUUCUCCCUGCUGCUAGGAAGCAGAUUGAAGCAAUGCGGGGCCAGGGGGGGGCGGGGGGUUGCCUUGUGGGGGCAGCAGCAACAGAAGGAGACAGCAGAGGAGACAGCACGUUCACAGCUCUGCCUGUGUUUGCUGCUUAUCCUGCUGCUUCUGCUGCUGUUGCAGCAGACAAUGAAGCAGCAGCAGCAGCAGCAGCAACAGCAACACCACCAGCAGAAGCAGCAGCAACCACUCAGCAGCAACAGCGGACACUCAACACAAAGAAAGGAACAAACGCAUGCAGAGCUGCGAAGAGAGAGAAGGGAUCUCCUGCUGCUGCUGCUGCUGCUGCAGCAUCAACAGAAGAAGACGAAGCAGCAGCAGCAGCAGCAGCAGCAGCAGCAGAUAAGGAGGCUGCAGAGGCAGCAUCCGUGAAGCCCGCUUCGAAAGCAGCAGCAGCAGCAGCAGCAGCAGCAGCAGCAGCAGCAGUAGAGAAGCAAGAGGACCAGGAGGAAGCGCAGCCGACGGAUGAGCUGCAGCUGCAGCAGCAGCAACAGCAGCAGCAGCAGCAGCAGCAGCAAGGCAGCAGAUGGGAGCUAGCUGGCAUCGGCAUGCGAACACUGGAGUUUGUCUACCAAGACAUUAUACUCGACCCAAAGGUCAUUGAGUUUACUGUGGAGGACCCGGCGACGUCUUUCUCUCAGCUGCGGGAUGUGGCGAGCCUGAAGCUUUGCAUUGACCUGGGGAUCGUCUCCCCCGCUAUGCUGUACCCCCCCACAAAAAAGCAAGAGCAGCAGCAGCAGCAGCAGCAGCAGCAGGAGCAGCAGCAGCAAGAGCAGCAGCAGGUGCUGCGGUGCAGCAGCAAAGGGACACAACACUCCGCUCCACCAGGAGAGCCUUGCCCUGAAUGCUUCAGGCGGGUGCUGAAGGAGACAAAAGCACAGGCAAUCAGGCUAACAGAGAUUCUCGCUCUUGCUGCUGCGCUGCCUGAGCCCCCACCGGAGCUACCGGAGGAGUCUCCUCCCAGCAUCAGCCGCAGAGACUGGAGACACCCCGAGGGGGGUGUUGCUGCAGCAGAGUCUCCGCAGCAGCAGCAGCAGCAGCAGCAGCAGCAACAGCAGCAGCAGCAGCAGCAGCAGCAUGCGGUACCUGCAGGGCAAGGUUCUGCCGGGGCUGCUCGACGCCCGUGCGCAGGCGGGACAAUACUGAAGCUGCGGCACCUCUUUGGGCGGAGACCGGCAGCAGCUGAGGAGACAGCAGCAGCAGCAGCAGCAGCAGAGGAAGCAGCAGCAGCAGCAGGGGAGACAGCAACAGGAGAAACAGGUGCAGCAGAGGCUGCUGCAGCCCCCGAGACAGCAGCAGCAGCAACACCAGCAACAGCAGCAGCAACAGCAGCAGCAGCAGCAGCAGCAGGUGGACGGGUAAAGAAACAAAGAACUGCUGCAUGCGGGGGCUAG